GCGAUGCACAAAGCAACUCACAACAAAGAUGCUGCUGGCAGCGAAGCAGACGGAGACAGGCUUACCAAGCUGCCUGAUGACCUUCUGCUCAACAUUCUGGAGAGGGUGGACACGCUCGAUGCAAUAAGGGCCUGCGUCCUCUCGAAGCGAAUGAUGAAGCUCCCCACCAUGCUCUCGCACUUCUUCCUAACUCGUGUUUUCGGCCCCAGUGAAGAGCUCCAGACCAACCGUGCCGUGGCUCAUGUGAUGGAUAACAUCCUGUGCCGUGGCUCGAAGCGAAUGAUGAAGCUCCCAACCAUGCUCUCACACUUCUUCCUAAGUAUUAACUCCAUUCCAGGUCAAUACGACAGAGCUCGUGUUUUCUACCUCAGUGACUUUCUCAGAAUCAACAGCGCUGUGGCUCAUGUAACGGAUACCAUCUUGAGCACAAGGAGCCCCGAGAUCACCAUCAUCCAACUCAAAAUCAGAUUCAUCUUGACGCAAUCAGACUGUUCCAGAAUCGCCAAAUCUGUUGCUCGCGCCAUGGCAACACACAAGGUUGGCGCGGCUGAGUUUGAGAUCAUACCGGAGAAGUUUUCCAAGUGCUCCCCUGCUGAUCUCCUCGUCCAUGCGAAGCAGUUCAAUGAUUUUUUCGGUGCUUGUCCGGAUGCAUUUGCUGGCCUCACCCGUCUGUGGCUGAACAAUAUGAGGUUCGGUGAACUGGACAUACACAACAUCCUCAGCACUUGCAAGCUCUUGGAGUCUUUGCGUUUAUCCCAUUGUGACUCGGGGUUCAAUUCUAUGCUGCAGCUAGAACAUGCUCAACUUACUGAGCUCGAGGUCGAGUUUGGGAAAUUUGAGGCAGUAGAGCUCACUUGCCUGCCAAAACUCCAGCUGGUGGGCUAUAAGAAUUGGUUCAACUCUCAUAAAUAUCCCCUGUAUUUUGGUUUUGUACGACAGCUUUCAAAGCUGAGGCUUGCUAAAUCUGGCUCCUGUUCGACUGGGACUCUUAUGUUCAGUCAGUUCCUUGGUAAUGUUCCUUCCAUAAGCGAUCUGCAUCUGGAUUUUCAAAGUGAAAAGAUUUGGGUUCUGCCAGAAAGCCCGAAGCUGCUGAGGCCUGUGCUCAGCAACCUACAGCACGUGAAUCUGGACCAUCUUCCUGAAGGAUGUGAUUUAGCUUGGACAAUGUUUAUUCUUGAAGCUGCACCAUCCCUAAAAGAGUUGUGCAUCACAGUAUGGGAUCAUUGGUGCGUAAUGGCGAGAGACGAAGAGUUUCGGAAGAGAAAUGGUUACUGUGAAAAGGCAGACGUGGAGUGGAAGCCACAUGCCCCUGAUUUCAAGCACAAGAAUCUGGUUAAGCUCACCAUCUAUGGCUUCCAACCUGACGGCAUCUUUGUGCGAUUCAUCAGGUGUGUCAUGGAACAUGCAGUUAAUAUGGCGGAGAUACCUCUGCAUGACAGGAAGGUAUGCCUGCGCUGUGGUGACUUGGAUCCCAAGAUGAAGUGCCCAUCAAGAUAUCCACGGAACGCAGAUGAGCGCAUGCAGAUCAUUGAAGAAUUGGGGAUGUCUUUGCCUGCUAUGGUUCGUUUCCUGUCGUAAUUGAAAAAAAAAGAGAUGUGUGACAUAGUACUUGGUAGUUUGUAAGUCCUCUGUUCUAUGGUCUGUUGUUGGAAGGAGUUCAGGAACUCCACAAUUCAGUAGACAUUGCGCUUGUACACUUGCUUUCUCUUAAAUUGAA